UGUUAUCUAAAGAAUUUAUCAGGCUCAAAGUCUGGUACAAGAGUGACUUAGAACUCCAUUCUAUCACUAUGAAGAAAAGUGGUAUUCUUUUCGUCUUAGGCUUCAUCUUGCUGGUUCUGAUUGGAGUUCAAGGAACCCUAGUAAUGAGGAAGGGUCGCUGUUCCUGUAUCAGCACCAACCAAGGGACUAUCCACUUACAAUCCUUGAAAGACCUUAAACAAUUUGCCCCAAGCCGUUCCUGUGAGAAAACUGAAAUCAUUGCUACACUGAAGAAUGGAGAUCAAACAUGUCUAAACCCAGAUUCAGCAGAUGUGAAGGAACUGAUAAAAAAGUGGGAGAAACAGGUCAACCAAAAGAAAAAGCUAAAGAAUGGGAAAAAAUGUCAAAAAAACAAGAAAGUUAAGAAAGUUUGCAAAGUUCGAAAAUCUCAACGUCCUCAUCAAAAGAAGACUGCAUAAGAAACCACUUCGGCAAUAAGUAUUCUGUGUGAAAAAUGUUCUAUUUUAAUUAUACCGAGAUCAUUCCAAAGGAGGAUGGCAUGUAAUACAAAUGUGUGUUAAUUUGACUAGAAAAUUUAAAACAUUGCUCUGAAGUUAUAACUAAAGCUAGAAAGUUGAUUUUGAGAAUCCAAAUGUUAAGAAUUGUUAGAGGCCAUGAUUGUCUGUCUUUUUCUACCACCCACCAACUGAAUUGCAUCAUGCUUAAGGCCGUGAUUUUAGUAAUAUCCGUGUCCAGACAGAUGCUCAAACAACUACAUCCCACACACAACAGCUGCCUGGAAGAGCAGCCCUAGGCUUCCACACACUGCAGCCUCCAGAGAGUAUCUGAGGCACAUGCCAGCAAGUGUUAAGCCUGUUAGCAUAGGACGCUGGUGAGCCAAGCAGUUUGAAAUUGAGCUGGACCUCACCAACCUGCUGUGGCCAUCAACCUCUGGAUUUGAAUCAGCCUACAGGCCUCACAUAUAAUGUGUCUGAGAGAUUCAUGCUGGUUGCUGCUGGGUAUCACCACUGGAGAUCACCAGUGUGUGGCUUUCAGAGGCUCCUUUCUGCUGUUGGAAGCCAUGUGAUUCUAUCUUGUCUGUGCAACACUUUCUUAUUGUUCCCCUUUGCUUCAUUCAAGCCAGCUCUUCUCCAUCCUACCACAAUUCAGUGCCUGCCUCCUCUCCAGGGCAUAUGUUACAUGCUCUGAUUUAUCUGUGUCGACUCCUUUCUCACCUUGUCCCCAAUACCCCACAGAAAUGCUUUCUUCUCCCUAUUCAUCCUCACUCAAGCCAGUCUUCAAGGCUUAGUUCAAGUCCUGCCUCUUAAAUAAACCUUUCUGGACACAUAUAUUAUCUUAAAAUUCCUAUUUCACUUGGGUUCAGUACCACAUGGGUGAACAAUGAAUGGUUAACUAAUUCCUGUGUGUUUAUCCUAGCUCUCCAGAUUGUCAGCUUCUUGAGGGCAAGAACCACGGUUUAUUUCCGUGAUUCUUCCACGGUGCCUAAUAAUACUGUGGAAUUAGGUUUUAGUAACUUUUUAAUUGCUAUCAUUACAGGCAAGAGGGCAAUCAGACAUUGUCUCAGAGCAGGUGCUGGCUCUUUCUGGCACCUCCAUGUUGGCUAGCCCCUGGUUAACCUCUUACUUAUUAUCUUGGCCAUUCACUGCAGGGACCAGGGAUGAUGCAACAUCCUUGUCUUAUUAUGACAGGAUAUUUACUCAACUUCUCCAACAAUAAGAAGCACGUGGUAAUAAUAAUAAGCUUGCAGAUAUUCUGGACUGUUUUUAGAAAAUAUAGUUUCCCGAAAAUCACAGAAUCUUACAAUGAAAAGGGCUUUAGAGAUCUGUCAGACCAACCUUUUCCCAACCAUACAAAAAUUCUUCAGUGCCAUUCCCAGCAAGCUUCAGCUUUCUGCGAUCCAACAAGAUAGCUACCAAGAUCAUUUUCAAAACUUAUUUUAAGCAAAUAUGAAUUUUUGCUUAAAAUAUUCCCAGCAAGCUUCAGCUUUCUACGAUCCAACAAGAUAGCUACCAAGAUCAUUUUCCAAACUCAUUUUAAGCAAAUAUGAAUUUUAUUGUCCAUUUACCUGUUUUGCAGUUUGUAUUGUGAUUAUCAAUUACCACACCAUCUUUCACGAAGGAAGGGAACAGGGAGGUAUCAAGCACUAGAGGAGGCAGCUGGGUCAGUUAGUGGAGCUAUGAUUGGUGCCCAGUUAGCCUCUGCAGCACAUGGAAACCUCUUCCCAGAGAACGUUCUGUGAAUUGUGUAGGAGAGGUUGUCUUUGGCCAGAAUUUAAAUGUAUACUCACUUUACCAAAUUGUAUCACGCCUCACACUGCUGAUGAUUUAGAGUGUCGCAGUGGACAUCCCACCUCAAUGUCUUACCUAAUCAUGAAACUCCCUAGUCCCUUCCAUGUGACUUCCCUGAAAAAUCUAAGUGUUUCAUAAAUUGGAGAGUCUGUGACCCACUUACCUUGCAUCUCACAAGUAGACAGUAUAAAGCUAAUAACCAAAGACCACAUAUUUUCACUCACACACACAUUGUAAUCAUUUAUUAUACAUAUAUACACACACAUACUCUCAAAGCAAAUAAUUUUUAAGUUCAAAACAGUAUUGACUUGUAUACCUUAUAAUUUGAAAUAUCUUCUUUGUUAGAAUGGUAUCAAUAAAUAGACCAUUAAUCAGAAAACA